UAGGUCUGAACCAAAGAAGUUGCUCAGGGCUACCCAUGGCCUCCGCAGGGUCAACCUGAGUCUGUUUUGUGGCUCCAGGCCCUUCUUGUAGGCUCCAGAUGAGGCAACUGAGGCCGAGAGAGCAGGACAGUCCUCGUGCCCAGGACACACAAUCGGGCCGGCGGCGGCGGCUGCCCCGAGGGACGGGGCCCUAGGCGGUGGCCAUGGGGGCCGCCCGGAUCGCGCCCGGCCUGGCGCUGCUGCUCUGCUGCCCGGUGCUCAGCUCCGCGUACGCGCUGGUGGACGCAGAUGACGUCAUGACCAAAGAGGAGCAGAUCUUCCUGCUGCACCGAGCCCAGGCCCAAUGCGAGAAGCGCCUCAAAGAAGUCCUCCAGAGGCCAGCUGACAUAAUGGAAUCAGACAAGGGAUGGGCAUCCGCGUCCACAUCAGGGAAGCCCAGGAAAGAGAAGGCAUCUGGGAAAAUCUACCCUGAGUCUGAGGAGGACGAAGAGGUGCCCACAGGCAGUAGGCGCAGAGGGCGCCCCUGCCUGCCUGAGUGGGACCACAUCCUGUGCUGGCCACUGGGGGUACCAGGUGAGGUGGUGGCUGUGCCCUGUCCUGACUACAUUUAUGACUUCAAUCACAAAGGCCAUGCCUACCGCCGCUGUGACCGCAAUGGCAGCUGGGAGCUGGUGCCCGGGCACAACCGGACAUGGGCGAACUACAGCGAGUGCGUCAAGUUCCUGACCAAUGAGACUCGGGAACGGGAGGUGUUUGACCGCCUGGGCAUGAUCUAUACCGUGGGCUACUCGGUGUCGCUGGCCUCCCUCACCGUGGCGGUGCUCAUCCUGGCCUACUUCAGGCGGCUGCACUGCACGCGCAACUACAUCCACAUGCACCUGUUCCUGUCCUUCAUGCUUCGGGCUGUGAGCAUCUUCGUCAAGGACGCGGUGCUCUACUCCGGCGCCACGCUCGAUGAGGCUGAGCGCCUCACGGAGGAAGAGCUGCGGGCCAUCGCCCAGGCGCCCCCGCCACCCUCUGCCACCGCCGGCUACGCGGGCUGCCGGGUGGCUGUGACCUUCUUCCUUUACUUCCUGGCCACCAACUACUACUGGAUUCUGGUGGAGGGGCUGUACCUGCACAGCCUCAUCUUCAUGGCCUUCUUCUCAGAGAAGAAGUACCUGUGGGGCUUCACGAUCUUCGGCUGGGGUCUGCCUGCCAUCUUCGUGGCUGUGUGGGUCAGUGUGAGAGCUACCCUGGCCAAUACUGGGUGCUGGGACUUGAGCUCCGGGAACAAGAAGUGGAUUAUCCAGGUGCCCAUCCUGGCCUCUAUUGUGCUCAACUUCAUCCUUUUCAUCAACAUCGUCCGGGUGCUCGCCACCAAGCUUCGGGAGACCAAUGCAGGCCGAUGUGACACACGACAGCAGUACCGGAAGCUACUCAAAUCCACGCUGGUGCUUAUGCCGCUCUUUGGUGUCCACUACAUCGUCUUCAUGGCCACGCCGUACACUGAGGUCUCAGGGACACUCUGGCAAGUCCAGAUGCACUACGAGAUGCUCUUCAACUCCUUCCAGGGAUUUUUUGUCGCCAUCAUAUACUGCUUCUGCAAUGGUGAGGUUCAGGCUGAGAUCAAGAAAUCCUGGAGCCGCUGGACUCUGGCAUUGGACUUCAAGCGCAAGGCACGCAGCGGGAGCAGCAGCUACAGCUAUGGUCCAAUGGUGUCCCACACGAGUGUGACCAACGUGGGCCCCCGCACGGGACUCGGCCUGCCCCUCAGCCCCCGCCUGCUGCCUGCCACCACCACCAACGGUCACCCCCAGCUGCCUGGCCAUGCCAAACCAGGGGCCCCAGUCCUCCAGACCACACCACCUGCCGUGGCUACACCCAAGGACGACGGGUUCCUCAAUGGCUCUUGCUCAGGCCUGGACGAGGAGGCCUCCGGGCCAGAGCGGCCACCCACCCUGCUGCAGGAAGAGUGGGAGACUGUCAUGUGACCAGGGACCCAAGAGUUGGACCUAUAGACAUGAGGGACCAAGAAAUGUGUGGUUGGACAGUUGCCCACUCAAUGCGCUGAGGCCAGGAGGACAAAAACAGGAAAAAAAAAAAAAAGAAAGAAAGAAAGAAAGGGAAAAGGAA